AUGAAGCACUGGUACAUUCGAUGCACCCUCAUGUGCCAGUGGGUGAGAGGAAAGCCGGCGAUGUUUCUGGUCACAAUGUGCCACACCAACUUCGUUGAGAUUACGUGA